UCUAGGUGUACAGUAUCUGCGGCCUGAGUCACCCACCACACAGACAGUAAGCCGCCCAGCCAGAUUUGGCAAGGUGAGGCCAGCCAGCCAAGAGCAAAACAUCUCAGUAGUCAGAUUCUCUACUCAAUCACGCUUUCGCAUUCCGUCUCAAGUUUCCGUCAUGGACGCCAGCAAGUUAUCUUUGCCACGAGGCCCAUUUGGGUCCAAUGCCGACAAACCUCCCUCUCCUGUACUCAUCACGGAGACUUAUCACUCAACAAUACAGCUUGGCAAUUUCAAUGGGAGGGUGGCAAUCAUCAAGACCUUUCGAAAUCAGAAUCACUCACGAACAACGCUACGAUUCCAUAACGAAGUCGAUGCACUAAGACUUGCUGGUUCCCACGCAAACAUCACGCAGCUGUUAGAUGCAGACAUCGGCCGAAUCGCCCUUACAUUACGCGUUGAGCCUGGGCAGAGCCUGGACAAGUACGUAGACGACCGAUGGAAAUCGACAAUCUCUUCCGGCGACUCAAUCACAUUAUGGAAGCAAAUGUCUAGCGCACUGGCCCACUUACACACAAACUCUAUCACCCAUGACGAUGUGAAACCCGACAACAUCAUGUGGGAUCCAAGUGCACAGCACGCCGUCUUGAUCGACUUUGGGGCCGCACUGAACCAUAACAUACUCCCGGCAGAUUGGUUUAACCCAUCCGGAACACCACCCUAUGCGCCACCCGAAUUCCUCCAUAGGGGCAAGGGUAACGCUGGUGAUGUCUGGGCCCUGGGCGUGACAAUGCUUUUCGCGUUCAAGUAUAUCAGCCUGCCUGACGGAAAUUGGAUCCUGCCACACAUAUUCGAAGACCAAAUGGUCUUGGAAGAGAUGAAGAGCUGGCUCACAGAGGUCGAAGGUUGGAGGAGGAUUCUGCUUGGGCGGCAUGAUGAUCUUCUUGCCGAGAUGCUGGACCCGGACCCGGACAACAGGAUUGUCGCAGCCGAACUUGAGCUCCAGCUCAAGACCCAAGAGAUUCAAGAUUCCGAUUAUACAGCGGAUUGAAGGAAAUUGAUAUGACACUGAAAUUUACUUCUUGAGCUUCAGGGUGAUCCAAAUAUUGUAAUUCAGAUGCUAUUAGUAUGAAGUUUUACUUCUUU